GUGUGCUGGACUCAAUUUAUGGGUGUAAUAGAUUUAGGUGCAAGGAUUUUGAGCUUGGUAUGUUAUGUAACUUUAGCUGAAUCCGUGGAUCAUCUGAACUGAACAAGAGAUGCAGGCAGCUGACUUUCAGUUGGAAUGAAGAACUUACAGAGCACACAAGAAGUAAAAUCCUCUCAAGCUUCACAUGAAUCACAAAUGACCACCAGAAUAAUCAAACAGUAGAGGCUCAAGCAAUGAUAACAGAAAAGUUUCACGCCAAGAUAUUGAACUUGUGAGGUGUGCUGGACUCAAUUUAUGGGUGUAAUAGAUUUAGGUGCAAGGAUUUUGAGCUUGUGUGGCAGAAGUUGGAAGAGGAAAAUGCUGAUUUUUUCAGGGCCUAUUACAUAAGGCUGAAAUUGAAAAAGCAAAUCGUUUUGUUCAAUAAUUUGCUUGAGCAUCAAUAUCAUCUCAUGAAAUACCCUGUACCUUCUAAGGCUCCCUUGGCCCCAAUACAGAACGGGAUUCAUCCCAUGCCUGUUAACAAUUUGCCAAUGGGAUACCCUGUGCUGCAACAACCUUCGGUUGCUGCUCCUGGUCAACCACAUCUUGAUCCUAUGGGUGGUGGAAUAUCUAGCUGUCAUGUUGUCAAUGGAGUCCCUGCACCAGGCAAUUUCCAACCUAUGCGAAUGAAUUCUGGGAACGACUUGGCGAUGGACAACAAUGCAAGUGAUGUAGCCCAUUCUAUUCCCCCUAGCACUGCCAUGUCAUCUAUGUCAGAUAUGCCGGUCAGUCCCACCUCAGCAGCACCAGGCGGCCAUUUUCCAUUCACUACAUCAGUCAUCAGACAUAUCAGGGAUGAGAGUGGAUACAUCUGCACUUGAUACAGCCUUUACAACUGAUGUGAUAAGUUCAGUAGGAUCACAACUUGGACCUGAUGGUGGGGCUGGAAAUUCUAGAGAUUCCCUUAGAUCACUAGUAGGGGUGGACAUUCGGGUGGUUACCUGAAUGGAUAACUGAU